AUGGAGCAGGGCCAGUAUCAUGAUUACAGUCAGGAUUACAAAGAAUUCAAGUGGGAUGCUCUAAGAAAAAGUAUGUUCAGAUUAAUUAACAAAGUAAGUAUCUCCAACAUUGAUCAUGUAGUACGACGAAUCUUGAGUGAAAAUUUGAUUGUGGGCAGAGGUUUAUUCUGCAACGCAAUUAUGAAAUCUCAGAAGGCCUCGCCGCAAUUUAGUAAUGUUUUCGCAGCAUUAGUGGCAAUAAUUAACUCUAAUUUACCUGAUAUUGGACUUUUAUUGGCUAAAAGGGUUGUUUUGCAAUUCAAGAAAGCUUAUGAAAACAAUGAGAAAUUAGAAUUGUUGGCUUUAUUGAAAUUCUUGGCUCAUUUAAUUAAUCAAUCAGUUGUUUAUGAAGUAAUAGCAAUUGAUGUAUUGUCUCUUCUGUUGGGAAAUCCAAACGAGAUUAGUGUUGAGGUUGCUGUUGGUUUUUGCAUUGAGUGUGGUUCCUUAUUGCAAUAUCUUUCUCCACAUGGCCUCAACUCUGUUGUUGAGGAAUUUCAUGCUAUAUUACUCGAUGGAGUAAUAGACAGACGAAUUCAACUCAUGAUCGAGGGGCUUUUUGAGAUUAGAAGAGUAAAAUUUAUAGACCAUCCAGCAAUUAUUGACGAGCUGGAUCUUGUUGAGGUUGAAAACCAAGUUACUCAUGUUGUAUCUUUGUUACACGAGAUUGAUCCAGAGACUAGUGUGGAUGUUUUCUGGCCAGAUAUGAUAUUUGAUGAGAGCGACGACCUUGAAGAAGAUGUUAGAAGUUCCGUUCUAGACGAGGAUUCUGAAGGCGACGAGAUAUCUUCUCAUGUACCAAUAGUAAUGGAGAAUAAUGAUUUCGAUACUAAUGACUCCCAGGAUAAAGCUGAGACUGAUAUAGUAAUUCUACGGAGGACUAUAUACCAUCAUAUAAUGUCCAGUCGUAACUAUGAGGAGGCGGGACAGAAAUUACUUGGUAUAAAAUUGCAGACUCGACAAGAGAUGGAGAUAUGUAAUAUGCUUCUGGAAUGCUGCGGUCAAGAAAGGACUUAUAUUAGAUACUACGCCAACAUAGCGCACGCAUUGUGCAUGAUUGUUCCUACAUACUGUCGUAAUUUUGAGGAAUGCUUUGUCUAUGAAUGCUUCAUGGUUCAUCAGCUUGAAGCUAAUUAUAAAUUGCGAAAUAUUACUAAAUUUUUCGCACAAUUGCUUGGCACAAAUCUUCUGUCGUGGCAUGUUUUGGGAUACAUUCACCUAUCCGAGGAUGAUGCUAACCCCUCGUUGCAUAUUUUCAUCAAAAUCCUUUUCCAAGAGUUGUCAGAGAUGCUCGGAAAUCGCUUAUUGAAAGAACGAUUGAAUGAUCCCUCAUUGCAGAGAUCCCUGGUUUCUGUUUUCCCAUGGAUAAUCCAAGAAACUUGA